AUGGCCGACGAAGACGCCAGAACCUCUAUAGAGAGUGCCAGAGGAAUAUCGGACCUUGUGUCAAAAACCGAAUCAAACCUGGAAGUCGCGAGACAGCUGGACAUUAUCCCCUUACGGAACGGUUCGUUAACCUCGCUGGCAGCUGGGCCCCAUUUUUGGCCAACUUCAGCUGGCGCUCCUAUCCCAGCGGACUCGGAGAUCAGAGUUGUCCAUGAAGCGAUACUGAAACAUGAAAGUCAUGGGCAGAUAUUGAAGAUGCUCGGUGUACACCAAGCUCCUAUCCAUGAGGUCCGAUCGCUCAUAUUACAACAACAUGCUACUCUAGGUGAACUCACGCCCACCGCUUGCAAAGAGCAUCUACAUUUGCUAUAUCUCACUCAUAACCACCGCCAUUCGAAUGACGAGCUGCGCGACAUUUAUAUCCUCGACCAAAAGCUACAACUCAAAAGGCCGCGUGAAGACGUCGUCUAUCUACCAUGCCGAACGCCCUUUAGCCCCGAGCAGCUCCUGAGCCACACGGAGGCUACGAAUUCUGGAGUUUUAUCCUGCAAUAUAUCUUUAUUGAACCCUUCACUGCUGGAACAUCCUCCCUCUGUCUCUAUCGGUACUCAUUUUGGGCUAGCCACCUACAGGUACCCGACAUGGAAGCAGUGGUUGCGCGACUCUUUGGGAAUACGCGAGCACAUACGGCUCGCCAACCAAACAGGAGACAAUCUUUCUGACGAAUUUGCUCAAGUAUCGCGGCGAAAACCUGACAUUGUGCUGAAACUUUUGGCGCAUGUCUGGAAAACCCAGCACCAGAUUGUCACUGGCAAACCCGAUCUGCUAAGCAAGGUUAGGAACAUUUCGGUGCCCUGCAGGACCGGAGAUCUGAGGCCGUUAUGGGAGACGUACAUGCCGUUUCAGCAUCUACAGAGGCGACGCUUGGGGUUCAUGAAGCCUCAUGAGCCCUUUCCCUUUCUAGACUUUGGCACUCCGCCGCCAUCCACAGAAGACUUGUCAAGGAGAUGGGCGUUUCUCUAUAUCCAGGAGGCUAAUCCUGAUGGUCUAUCCUCUCAGAGAUGUCGCGAGUUAGCGCGCCUCUAUUGUGAGGUGGAAGCUAUAUGCGCUGCAUCGGAGGAGCCUGAGUCUGCGCGAGACAUAUGCCGGUCAUUCAUUCAAGACAUCAAUGGACUCGCCAUCCCACCAUUCUCCGGCUAUGGCCCAAGAUGGAUGGACAUUAAGCAGUGCUCGUGGAAUACGUCUACCUCUGCAGCCACCAAGCUAUCGUUGAGAUGUGUAUAUGGGGAUAUACUACGAUGCAGCCCUCGCGAACUGGAAGUUCUCCAGGUUCUGCUCUCAGCUCCGAAGUAUACGGCCUGA